GCAACACUCUCAAGAACGAACAACUACAGACGACGAAGACGAAGCUCAGGAAUGAGAAGAACCGAGAACCAAAUGAGAAGACUCAGAUCGAACCAUUUGAUUCGACAUCCGAACCACAAUCAGAGGAACAUCACUUGCUAUCAUCACCAUCUUCAGCCGACUCAGCUCUCCCCUUCAACAACCUACCACACAAGAAGAAAACCCAGUCAAUCAAGACCAACCUCACCUGAAAACCAUCCAUUAAACUUCUUCACCGAGUUCCGUUCGCAACAUCAACAUCAUCAUCCGGUCCUUUAUCCUGAACAUCCUCAUCAACAUGCUCGCUCUUACGCUUUCAACCAUCCCUUACGUCAUUACUUUCAUCUCAAUCACCAUCAUCUUAACCCUUCUAAUCAGAACCUCCCAACACCUAUCAACCCUCAUCUCAACCACGAACGAUCUCCCGUCCAUCCUUUUAUCAAUUCUAGGAACCCUAGUCACCCCAACCAAAGUUGGUGGCAGUGCUCUUCAGAUUAUCGUGAGGUUCAAAACAGCAGUCCAAAUAACACGGCUCACCAGAAACUCAAGCUAAAAUUCGACAGAACUCAAGCAUUCCAAAAUUACACCUCAGAAUUAUUCAACAUACAACCUUCGUCUAAAAACUCCAAUCUUCCUCUGACAAUCAUUGUUCAAGACGUGAUUUCUUUGCUUCAAGACCCCAAAUUCCAAAAUUAUUUCGAUCAAAUCUGGUCUGAUUUGAAUUCAAACGAAGAAAAUGAGAAAGACGAGAAGUUCAAAAUCAUUGAAAUCCAGAGAAAAUCGGUCGAAAUCUUGUUACAGACGAUGAUCAACAUCUUGAAUUCUACCACAGAUUCGACUCAAGUGACUGAAAGGUUGAAGAUCUUCAAUGCCGUCAUAAAUUUUUUAAUCGACAAGAAAAAUGCAGAUCGGGUGGUUUCGAUUCUCGGUUUAGAUCCUAUCCUAGGAUGGCGGAAUUUGAUCAAAGAGCAUCUCCGCAUCCAAACCUUAAAAACCUUGGUCACAUUCAUCAAUCUGUCGAAUCCCAACCUAUCGAUGUGGUGGACAUCCGAGAUUUCUCGCGCUCAGGGCGAUCCAGUCCAGCUCAAUCAGCUAGCCCACGUUGGCCUCUUCUUAAUCGUCGCCCUUUCCAAGGAAGGUUCGGUUUGGAAAGCGUUGAAGUUGUUUUGGAGGAUGGACAGAUUACCUAGGCUUGACGGAUCCGCUGCUGAAGUCUUACAACACCAACGACGUGCUGCCACUGCGCUGGGUCUUGUGGAUGCCUUAUGUUCUCGCAAAAGGAUCGAUGCUGCAAAUGAUGUUCUGGAAACUCUCUUGAUCGGCGAAUGGCUCGGGCCACUAUACCAACGAUAUCUCUUGAGCAUGUUGAUGGUCAAGGCUGCUCGUGGAGAACUUUCAGAAGUGACGAGGAUUGGACAGGCUUAUGAGCGUACGUGGGCGAACUUGAACCAGAGCGAGGUGAUGGUUGGGAGGAACAGACGGAGCCGGGGGUUUCAUCUUCAAGAUCCAAGGAUUCCUGUCGCCCGGGCAAAGAUCGAGGCACUUGGAAUACUCGGCGAAACACGAUCCGCCAUCGAAAUCUUUCAAGAAACAAUGCGCACCGUUCCUCCCAAGCUUGGCGUUUCGUCCCAGAUACCCGAUUUGUAUGCAGAGAUCAUGAGGGUGCACAUGAAGGCAGACAAUCCCAGAGCUAUUGAGCGGUUGCUGACACGAAUGAUUAGCACACCCGAUCCGUAUAGUUUGAAUCAACCUGACCAACGUCACUAUAACAUUCUCUUGCAGGCUUAUGCCAAUCGCAUAGAUAUCGAAGGGUGCUCAUCUGUCUUAGAUCGUUUGGCAUCUUCUGGGAUCCGCCCCGAUAUCUACACAUUUGGGAAUAUCUGUUUACUGUUUUCUAAUCUGGGUGAACCCGAGUUGAUUCGCGAGGUCAUCCAAGCCCUGGCUCAGCAUAGGUCCCCUAGUCGAUCACUAAAACUCAACCGGGAGCUAUGGAAUAUCCUACUGGACGCUUACAUAGAAUCAGGCGACUGGACCCGAGCAGCCAAGUUGCUGAAGUAUCUAGAGCUCAAUGAUCUUCAUCGCAAUGAAUCUGAUGCCGUCACCAAUGGAUGUGUCCUCAAGGCAUUAGUCCUCUCAGGUUCACCAACUAACAAAGUACUCGAGACAUUCAAGUCGAUGUAUAGCAGUCAAACGGGUCUGGCUGCCGACGCGCGAUCAUACACCCUCUUGCUUCUGUCGAUCUGCGAUAGUGGAAUGAUGGAUCUAGCCGAGACGAUCUUUUACAGCCUCAAAGAGAACAACCUGAACGGCGAUAAUCAUAUCGAUCGACGGCGCGGCUCAGUGAAGCCGAACGUGUACAUGUAUGGCAUCAUGAUCUCAGCGUCACUAAGGCUUGGAAAGCAUGACUUGGCCCAAGGAUACUUGCGCGAAAUGCAAUUGUCAGGUAUCCGGCCGAACCUGGUGAUCUACUCGAUGCUCACAACCGCAUACGCUGCAUCCGCAUCAUCUAGCACUCAGACUCAAAUCCGAGGUGAAGGUGAAGAGGAGGAGGAAGAGAGGCAGGAGGAUGGGGUGCGGGUGGCCUAUGAGAUGGCCGAGCGGUUCAGACGCGAGCUUUUGAACCACGAUGCCGAUGGCGAAAUCAAUCGGAAGCCACCUAGCGAACGUGCCAACUGGGGAGAACGACCGCUGAUGCGGAAAAAACUGUUGCAUCGACUGCUGGGUCCGAUCAUCCAAUCCUAUGCCAAGUCUGCCCGACCGGCCAAAGCACUCGAGAUGUUCCGCGAGCUGGUGUCCUCUCUUGGAUCCGAGUCCGGCAUCGUCUCUAGCGAUGGUAAGCCGAUCGAUUUGGAUAUCUUUACCAUGUUGAUGGAUGGCUACCGUCGAGCACAGGAUCCGGUGGGGGUGAUGGAAGUUUGGAGGGAGAUCUUUCGCCUGGCAACUGAGGAUAAUCAAGCGGUCGAUGCGAGCGAGAAGCUGAUGGAUAAGGUCCUCGAUCUGAUCAAGAAUGACGGACUCCCAGGGGCCGGUUUUGGCGACCAGAGUGUCUCGGAAGUAGCCAGAAGAUCGACUGCCGAGCAACGCCACCGAAGAAAAGCCAAUAAGCUAUGUUUACCCCUAUCUAUCUACACAGACUGUUUAUCAAGACAUGGUUACCAUGAAGAGAUCGCCAAGAGCUGGCAUGAAGUCCAGACGCGCGGGUUCGGAUUUGACGCGGGUAACUGGAAUGAGUUGUGUGCGGCGAUGUUCAGAAGUGGGAAUCACAGGAUGGGAUGGUGGAUAGCGGAGCGAGUAUUUUUUGGGAAAGAAGCCGAUCCAGGGGAGCUUGUUGCCUCGGGCUUGGAAGAGGGUGAUUCGGAGGAGAUGGGGUGGGCGAGGCUGUUGGGUCGGACGGCUGGCUUCGGCUCAGGUCGGACCGUGUUGGGCUUGGAAGGCACCCGGUUGAGUGGGGCACAGAAGACGGAGAGCCCGAUCCGACCGCCCAAUCGAACGUUCAUCCGAAAGACUCGACGGUUUGAUGACCAAUCUGCGACUCGAAUGUCCGUCGAAGGCCUUCUCAAUUGGCUCGAAGACCCAGACUCCCUCCCAUCAACCCAAGAGGUCAGUCGGUCCCCGGACAACCAUCUGGGCUGGAGUCAGCAACUAGAGUACAUCAGUCAGGCCAGGCGGGAGCUUGGAUGGAGGCCCUCCGGAAAAGUCCUACGGAUGUUGCAUGGAUCGAUGUGGAGAGAAUGUUCGGAUUGGGUGAUCGGUAAAUGGGAAGAACUCGAAGCCAAGAUCGCGCAAGGAGAGGAUCGGAUGCGCGUGGAAGACAGUCUGGUCGACGACAAGGAGAUCAUGAAGCGACCCGUCCAAGAGAUUGUGGAGGGCUAUCAACAGAGGUAUCCUCGAACAAUGGUCGAAGUUAUGACUAUCAAUGAUACCGAGAACAUCCCCGUCGGAUUGAGUAAUCAAGAUGUCACUCGUUGGUGUAAGGAUGAUUUCAUCUUGAGAGUCAUCGGUAGAACUCUGGAACGCAUCCGAGAAUAAUCACGCAAAAAAAGAAAUAAUCUGUAAUUUCCUCUCUGAUUACUAAGCCUAUGUAUUCAUUUUUCAAUCAAUAUAAAAACUAACGGACACAUGUUGAGCUUAGCAUUACAUCCAUUAAUCCCACACCUCCAGAUCAUCCAAAGAAACCUGAUUGUUUUUUCUUCUUCACUCCUUUUUAUUUUCAUUUAAGACAUUCAAAACACACAAACUC